CGUCCUCCAACCGCACCAAUAUCAACCUCUGGCUAGGGUAAGGGAGGGGCGGCGAUCCGUCGGCGGCGGUGGUGGAGGAGCAUGGCCGACGUGCAGCGUGAGACGGAAGGCAAGGACGCCGACCCCCUCCCCGAGGAGGAGGAGCCGGAUCCCGAAGAGGGAGGUGAACUCGAAGCCGGCGGCGAGGAGGACGACGUCGACGGCCUCGCCAGCUUCCUCGAAUCGGAGAUACUAUCCGGGUCCGGCGCUGGGGAUCAUCUCGAGCAGCAGCGGCAGGAGGGGGAGGAGAAGGAGGAUGUGAGGAUGGAAGGCGAUGCUGCGAACAAUAAGAGGAAGCAGGACUCAGGUUCGGACGGAGAUGGCAGGGACGGUGGGGGCAGCGGCAACGAGGGGGAGCAGAACAAGAGGGUGAGGAGGGAGGAGAAGAGAAGGCAGGCGAAAGGGAAAGCCGUGGCGCCCCAGAUCGACGAGGGCAUGUUCAGCAACAUCCCGCCGGAGCUGUUCCUGCUGAUCUUCAAGUUUCUCUCCUCCGAGGACCUCAUCUCCUGCGCCCUGGUCUGCCGCUUCAUGAACGCUGCCGCAUCCGACGAGACCCUCUGGCGCCGCCUGUAUUGCAUGAGGUGGGGACUGGCCUCCAAUGCCAAGCUCAGGGAGCGAGCUUGGAAGAACCUCUAUAUCCAGCAAGAUAGAGAGGAUAUGGUUGAAUUUGUGAGAAAUACACCUACGGAAUUCAAGGAGUACUAUAUCCAGAUGCAGGCUGCAAAAAGGAGUCAAGCUCCCCUUCCCUCAGAAGUCAACGACGACAAGGUUAUCCUUGAUAAAACAAUAGCUGAUCAGGUGUCUAGUUGGAAAAACAGCAGAGGGCUUACUGAUGAAGCAGUCAAGGGGCACUCUUGUUCUGGGAAUACAUGCUCUUACACCCAGAUUGGUGAUGCUUACAUUUGUGAGAAGACUGGUCGUGUCCAUGUUUGUGAUGAGGCUUGUCGUGAAUUUGUCUUGGACCAAUCUAGUGGGUUGCUUCUUUGUACGAUAUCUGGGCACUGCUUUGAGAGAUGGCUGUGUCCUGAUGAUGAAUGGGACACUUAUGAUACUGAUCAGCAACAAGGCGGUGUAACCGAUGAAGCAGAACCAUUCAUGGGAUCUGGGCGAUUUGCACGUGCGUAUAUGUUGGGUUACAACUGCACUGAUGAGAAGGAACUCGAACAUGCCUUGCGUUUCUGCUGAUAUGCCCAAGGGAAAUAAGCUAUAUGCCCACCUAUAUGAGAGCAAGCUUGCACUUGUGAAGAGGAAAUAAGCGGGAUGUAGCUUUGUGCUAUGUAUUACCAAAUUUUGGCCCCUUGUGAGGAGGAAAUAAGCGGGAUGUAGCUUUGUGCUAUGUAUUGCCUAAUUUCGCCUCCAGAAUGUAUCUAUGAAUGCAACUGCAGCGCAUGUGCCAAUAGCUCUUUUGAGCUAAAAUGCUGAUCUGUUUUGAUCAGUUGAGGGAGCUGUAAUGUUGUUUAGUUUCUUGAGUUAUGAGGAUGUAUGCAUGUAAUAAGAAAUAAUAAUGAGCCUUUUUGGUCUUAUGCUGUU